AUGGAUGAUCGAUCAUGGAUGUAUCGUCGUCUUAUGGAUGGUCGCCUUCGUCCUGAAUACAUUACCGGUGUUAGAAGAUUUAUCAAUUUUGCAUUUUCAAUUGAUAAAAAUAUAUCUGGGGGAAAAAUUAGAUGUCCUUGUGUGAGGUGCAAAAAUCAAAAGUUUUUAAAGGAAGAUGAUGUUUGUAAACAUCUAUUGACAAAAGGUUUUAUACCUUGUUAUGAAAAUUGGACAGUACAUGGGGAGCCUUAUGUUACGGAACCAAUAUUGGCUGGACCUUCAUCAAUUGGAAUGAGUCAUGUUAUGAAUGAUGUUUGUCUAGAGAAUCCAUAUAGAAAUCUAGUUAUAGAUGCAAUGGGGGUUGGUGAUGCAUUCUAUAAUGAUAACAUGUCUAGUCCUAUGGUAGCAGGGGAAAUUCCAAAUCCGGAGGCAACUAAAUUUUUUAAUCUUUUGAAAGCUGCGGAGGAGCCGUUGUGGGAUGGGUGUACCAAGCAAUCCAAAUUAUCUGCUUGUGUACAAUUGCUUAAUAUGAAGUCAACAUUUAAUUUGACUCAGAAUGCCUUCAACAAUUUUAUUGAUUUUACAAAAAGUUGCAUGCCUAAUGAUGAAAAUUUGGUAUCAAAUUUUUAUGAUGCCAAGAAAUUUAUGCGACCACUUGGACUUGGGUAUGAGAAAUUUGAUGUGUGUCCUAAUUAUUGUAUGUUGUACUAUGGGGCUGAUGCAAUGAAAACAAAUUGUGAUUUUUGUGGAAGUUCACGAUACAAACCUAGAAAUCCAACCAGUAAAGGUUCCAAUAAGGCAGAGAAGCAACUUCGAUACUUUCCCUUAACACCAAGGCUUCAAAGACUGUUCAUGUCUCCAUAUCACGCCAAAGAUAUGACAUGGCAUCAUUAUCACAAGUCAGAUAAUGGGGUUAUGGUGCACCCAUCUGAUGGGGAGGCAUGGAAGGAGUUUAAUCGUGUUCACUUCAGCUUUGCAUCAGAUCCGAGAAAUAUUCGAUUAGGGUUGUGCACUGAUGGGUUUUGUCCAUUUGACAUGUCUUCAAAUACAUACUCUUGUUGGCCAGUAAUUGUGACUGUUUAUAAUUUGCCUCCGUGGAAGUGCAUGACUAGACCAUUCAUGUUUUUGACAAUGCUGAUUCCUGGGCCAAAGAAUCCGGGUAAAAAGCUUGAUGUUUUUCUAAGACCUUUGAUUGAUGAGUUAAAGAAUUUAUGGUCUGUUGGUGUUGAAACAUAUGAUGUCUAA